CCUAAAUUUCAAUUAAGUCGCUAGGAGGAGUACAAACAAAAAGUGAUUUAAUAAUUAAUUAAAAAUCGUGCACAUGUUGUGUGUAGGAAAUCAUUGACAUGUAUUUAUCUAGCAAUGGUUAUGGAUAAGACGAAUAACAUUUAUGCAUGGAUAUGACGUUCACCUAUUUCCUGAUAGCCAGUCUGGCUUUUGUUUCAAUUGAGGGCACCUGUGAGUUUCCCGCUGAAUUGAGAGGAUAUGAUUGGUACACGACUAGUAAUGGAAAAGUGACAAUAGCGUCUGAUGGUAGUACUAUAGGAAACUUUAAAUCAGCAAUACAGAGCGCGACGUUUACUUUAACCUGUUCAGAAUAUGACAACGACACAGAUCGUUACAUUAGCACGGUACAGUUUAAUAUAUUCAGUGCAGUGGACAAUUUCAAAGCCUUUUUCUGCAUGAAAUUUACCAAGAUAACAUCAAUGAAGUAUAUUAUGACGUAUGACGCCGACAUCGAUAGUACAUCUUUAGUUAGGGUAGUUGUGAUCAACAAUGUCACAGGAACCCUCACACCAAGUCAAGCAUGCGCAUUAACCAGUUCACAACCGGUGGGUACACAGGAAUUACUAGUUCGUUCAGAUUCUGUCUCUCCGUCAGCUAUAAGCUGUCCAGCAUCUAUCCAGUAUUAUCUAAGUGCCACCAUUCAGUCCUGUGGGUGUGUUGAGAACUUCAUUGAUGGGGCUGCUAAAGCUACACAGCAUACAUACACCUAUGCAUCGUGUGUCACUUCAAAGUACACGUCUGGUGGGAUAUUUGACUGUAUGUAUUCAGUCACAGAAGAACCAUAUACUUAUCUGACUGUAUUUAACAAUGAUACAACGGUUGAUGAAUCUGCAACAUUUAGAUAUUUAUGCUAUGUAAUUUGGAGUUAUGGUCAUGUUGUAUACUUUACAUAUCAUCCCAAAAUCUGUCAACCUCUGCAGACACCAAUACUGACGGCAACUGAUGGGGUGGCCGUUGUAGCUUCAAAUAAUAUGUCAAAUGAUGUAGGUAGCCAAAUAGCUGUUGGCGUAAUACUGAGUCUACUGCUGCUUGUCUUGAUUGUGUUGACUAUUGUUCUGUUAGUCCUUUUCCUGCUAGGACAAAGGCGGCAAAAAGCAGUCAGAAUUAUCGAAGAGAAGAAAGUAAAAAAAAGCAAAUCAGAAUCUAAAUCGAAGUCUUCUGAUGGAAAAGCUAAACAUGACGAAAAGAAGAAACACAAGAAAACGAAAAAGAAGAAGACGGCCAAUGAGCAAAAAAUAGAUCAAAACCAAAAUAUGAAUGUUUCUUUAAGACGAACAGAAUCAAUGAAAGAACAAGCUAAAGAAAAAAAACUAAAAUGGACAGAUUUUGUUGGUAUCAGUGGAAACGUUAAUGGUUUUGAUAAACCGCAAUGGCAGGUGAGAUGGGAACAACACAAGGAUCCUGAUUGGGCUAAAUCUAUAAGUUAUGAAGAUUCAGAGACAGCGAGAAGCACUGAUUCUAUUACUAGUACAAGUAAGAUAAUAUGGGUGACUCCAGAGAAAGAAGAACUGGAAACAGCUACAUCAUUAUGGGAAAGGGUAUACCGAUUGUGGUAUGAACCUAGGAAAACUAUUCCGGAUAAUAAAUUCCAAGAAAUGCAGAAAUUGACAAAACUUUCGACGCCUAAACAUGUCAGAUUCAAAGGAAAUGAUAAAUGAUUUAUUUUUAUGUUAACGAAUAUUCCAAACACCAUAUUAGUUCUGAUCUUACCAAUGUAGCAACAGCUUGGUUUCUACAGUUGUCUUAUCGUAAUGUUGUUUGUUUGUUUGUUUUAAUUUAUUUACCUUUUUACGUUUACUAUUUAUAUGAUGAA